AUGUCUGAUCAUGACAUUAGUCCAAAUUCAUACAGUGAACUGCGAAGUAUGUUCAAAUACUAUAUCGAUUUAUAUAAUACAUUAUAUCAGCUAAAAACGACAAAUGAACAGGAUUUAAGCUCAAUUUACAAAAAGAUCAAAUCAGAUUUGAUUGAAUCAAAGAUUUACCUUCCUAGCAAGAUUAUGGAACACAUUUUAAAUAUCAUUCCAUUUAAUAACCGUUAUGCAAAGUCAUAUUUAUAUCUUGCCAAACUCAUAUUUGAUGAUUAUGAUGUAAGAGAACUCAGAAAUAUUGGUAAUCUAGAUAAUGGUAUCUACAUGUUUUACAAAGAAUAUGGAAUUAAAUUAGCCGAUUAUCGAUUUGAAGAUAAAGCGUAUAUCGAUAUUUAUGCAGAAAAUACAAUUUAUAGAGCAAUUAUGGAUAAUAACAUAGAAAGAUUCAUUUUUAUCACUGAAAACAACAAUUUUGAUAAAGAUCAAAAACUUGAAGACGAUUUACAUGAUCUUUAUUUCGUUACUUAUGAAAAAUUGACAUUACUUGAAUUAUAUUGUUACUACGGAGCAGUUGAUUGUUUCAAGUUAUUAAGAACUAAAUUCAACUCAAAAAUAACUCAACAAUGUCUACAAUUAUCAUUUUUAGGCGGAAAUGCAGAGCUCAUGAGUGAAUGUUUGAAAUAUCAAACACCAAAUAAAAAAUGCAUGGAAUGUGCAAUUAUUUCACACAACAUUGACUUUGUUUCAUUCUUGAUGAAUGAGUACAAUAUAGAGAUCGAUUUACUUUCUUGUGGAGAUUUUAAUAAUCUUGAAUCAUUUUUAGUUUAUUUCGAUCGAACUAAUAAUGUUGAUGAAUGCUUUUUUUUCAGUAAUGUUUGA